AUGAAUGCGAGCCCAGUACGGCUUUUAAUUCUGAGAAGACAGCUUGCUACGCAUCCGGCGAUACUAUAUAGCUCUCCUUACAUCAAAAGUCCGUUGGUGCACUUACACAGCCGCAUGAGCAAUGUUCACAGAUCAGCACAUGCCAAUGCUUUGAGUUUUGUUAUCACCAGGAGAUCGAUAUCACAUUUUCCUAAAAUUAUAUCUAAAAUUAUUAGGUUACCCAUAUAUGUGGGUGGCGGGAUGGCUGCUGCAGGGAGUUAUAUAGCUUAUAAGAUGGAAGAAGCUAGCUCUUUUACUAAGGACAAACUAGAUCGAAUCAAGGAUUUAGGUGAAUCGAUGAAGGAAAAGUUUAAUAAAAUGUUUUCCGGUGAUAAGUCACAAGACGGUGGUCAUGGAAACGAUGGAACGGUGCCAACUGCUACUCUAAUAGCCGCUACAUCACUCGACGAUGACGAAAGUAAGAGGCAAGGAGAUCCUAAAGAUGAUGACGACGAAGAUGAUGAUGACGAGGAUGAUGAAAACGAUUCUGUAGAUACAACGCAAGACGAAAUGUUAAACUUAACCAAACAAAUGAUUGAAAUUAGAACUAUUUUGAAUAAAGUGGACUCUUCUUCUGCACAUUUAACUUUACCAUCUAUUGUCGUGAUAGGUUCACAAUCGUCUGGUAAAUCCUCAGUACUAGAAUCCAUUGUUGGGAGGGAAUUCUUACCAAAAGGUUCCAACAUGGUCACAAGAAGACCCAUUGAAUUGACUUUGGUCAAUACACCUAACUCGAAUAAUGUAACAGCUGAUUUUCCAAGCAUGCGUCUAUACAAUAUCAAGGACUUUAAAGAGGUGAAAAGAAUGCUAAUGGAACUGAACAUGGCCGUUCCGACUUCAGAGGCUGUUUCAGAGGAGCCUAUUCAAUUGACAAUCAAAUCGUCCCGCGUUCCAGAUUUAUCAUUGGUGGAUCUACCUGGCUAUAUACAAGUGGAAGCGGCAGACCAGCCAAUAGAACUGAAAACAAAAAUCCGUGACCUCUGCGAAAAAUAUUUGACUGCACCUAAUAUUAUUUUAGCAAUUUCUGCUGCGGAUGUUGACCUGGCUAAUAGUUCUGCUUUGAAAGCUUCUAAAGCGGCAGAUCCUAAAGGCUUGAGAACGAUAGGUGUCAUUACCAAACUGGAUUUGGUGGAUCCUGAAAAAGCAAGAAGCAUCUUGAAUAAUAAAAAAUAUCCUCUCAGUAUGGGCUAUGUAGGAGUGAUUACUAAGACACCAAGUAGUAUAAACAGAAAACACCUAGGUCUUUUCGGUGAAGCACCUUCUUCGUCAUUAAGUGGGAUAUUUUCAAAAGGCCAGCACGGCCAAAGUAGCGGAGAAGAAAAUACCAAUGGUUUAAAACAAAUUGUGUCUCAUCAAUUUGAAAAAGCUUAUUUCAAAGAAAACAAAAAGUAUUUUACCAAUUGCCAAGUUUCCACUAAGAAAUUGAGAGAAAAGUUGAUCAAAAUCUUGGAGAUUUCCAUGUCAAAUGCGCUGGAGCCGACUUCAACACUUAUUCAACAAGAGUUGGAUGAUACUUCUUAUUUGUUUAAAGUAGAGUUUAACGACAGGCAUCUAACUCCUAAAUCAUACCUUUUGAAUAAUAUAGAUGUACUAAAGUUGGGUAUUAAAGAGUUUCAGGAAAAAUUUCAUAGAAAUGAACUGAAAUCAAUCUUGAGAGCAGAAUUGGAUCAGAAAGUUUUAGAUGUUUUGGCUACACGGUAUUGGAAGGAUGAUAAUCUUCAGGAUCUAUCUUCCUCUAAGCUGGAAAGUGAUACCGAUAUGCUAUAUUGGCAUAAAAAAUUGGAACUCGCAUCAUCCGGCUUAACUAAAAUGGGCAUUGGUAGAUUAUCUACAAUGCUUACUACCAAUGCAAUUUUAAAGGAGCUAGAUAACAUUCUGGAGUCUACUCAACUAAAAAACCAUGAACUGAUCAAAGACCUUGUUAGCAAUACAGCCAUUAACGUUCUAAACAGUAAAUACUAUUCAACGGCUGAUCAAGUUGAGAACUGUAUCAAACCCUUCAAGUAUGAAAUUGAUUUGGAAGAAAGAGACUGGAGCCUUGCUCGUCAACAUUCCAUUAAUUUAAUAAAGGAAGAAUUACGUCAAUGUAACUCAAGGUACCAGGCAAUCAAAAAUGCCGUUGGCAGUAAGAAAUUAGCAAAUGUAAUGGGCUAUUUAGAAAAUGAAUCAAAUUUGCAAAAAGAAACACUCGGCAUGUCCAAAUUACUAUUGGAAAGAGGCUCUGAAGCUAUUUUCCUGGAUAAAAGGUGCAAAGUGUUAUCGUUCAGAUUAAAAAUGUUGAAAAACAAAUGUCAUUCGACAAUUGAGAAGGAUCGUUGUCCAGAGGUAUUUCUAUCUGCAGUUAGUGAUAAAUUGACCUCCACAGCUGUUUUAUUCCUUAACGUUGAAUUAUUAAGCGAUUUUUUUUAUAACUUCCCUAUUGAAUUAGACAGAAGGUUAACAUUGUUGGGAGAUGAACAAGUGGAAAUGUUUGCUAAGGAAGAUCCGAAGAUUUCAAGGCAUAUUGAAUUGCAAAAGAGAAAGGAGCUGUUAGAAUUAGCCUUGGAGAAAAUAGAUUCAAUCUUGGUUUUCAAGAAAAGCUACAAGGGCGUCUCCAAAAAUUUAUGA